CACUGACAGUUGGAAACAGACACAUGGGUGGGUAACGGUAACAGUGUUACCUUUUUAAAAAGUACCUCAUUAAAUUAAUGUUUACUGAUAAAAGUAACGGCACUACCGUAACACCCAAUACUCUUCUGGACUGAUGAGCUAACAGCUAGGCAAAACGUUUGUUUUGCAUGGUUGUUGCACCAAAAUAUAAAACUUUUGCCUGACUUGACCUCCGGUUACCCCACAAAUGCAAAGGAAGACAGAUCAAAGCUGUGUUUGGACUAGCUGUUAGCGCAUUCGUCCUGUAGGAUAUGUAAAUUCUGUUUCUACUUAUUAUUUAUGACCUUAACUCAGAGUAAAAUUAUUCUUAAAGGCAUUUGAGAAGAAAUGGAGAAAAUCGAGGUGUCCGCAAUGUGUUCUAAAAUCCCUUUAAUUUUGGGUAAAUCCUUUUGCUAGAUCCUGAGAAUUGUUAAUAGAUUUCUAAAGCAGUUUUAUUCUUUCAGUUCUCUCCUUGUUCGUCCCUGCCAGCGCACCCAGUUCCCAUCAAAUCAGGCAUCAUUAAAUCCCGACAAGAUAAGUUUUAGUAGGUCAAACCCAAGCCUGUUGGAAAACAUCUAAAAAUGGAAACAAGCUUUUAAAGAGCAAGUCACCCCCAAAUCAACUAUUUUUUUCUGAUAAACUAUAGAAAUACGUGUCUAAUCGUGCUGCAGACACGUGUAGUCAAUAGUUUUGCACUUUAAUGCAUUUUAGUUAAAAUUUAAAUUUUCUGCCUGAAACUCUCAGUGUUGUGCCGUUGUCAGGUAAAAACUCUGCACUGCAUUUGAAUUUAAAUCUGCCACCGCUAUUGGCUAAGAGGUAUGCUAUGAUGUAAACUGGUACAUUAUGAUGUCACAAUGUCGUGAGUGUGUGUAUUUGUUAGAGGCUCCACCCUCUUGGUCUGCUAGGCAACAGCAUUUGUUGCAUUUUUCAAACAUGAAGUGGGAGUGAAGUGGGAGCUUCUUGUAAGGGGUGACUUGCUCUUUAAAUAAAGUAUGAGCAGAAUGAACUGGGUGACUUAGCAGGAUGUUUUGGGCGGGUUUGGCGUAAGGCCUGUUAAUGAGUGUUGUGUUCCCUUUUGUUUUGUCCAGAUUAAAGGGUCCUGGUCAGGAAAAAACAGAGUCCAGAACCCUUAUAGCCACAAGAACAUAAUCAAAAACUGCUGUGAGGUUCUGUGCGGGCCGACAUACCCGAGUGUCUUAGACAGACGCGGGCUGAUGCAGGAGGAUUCACCUGUCUCUGCAGGAAGUGAACCUCCCUUCUCCUUUAACAAUUCAGUACCACAAACCACGAAAACCACAGCUCCUCUGAUCCCCAACGAGCACACGCCUGAUGAUGUCAAACCAAGCAUUGCUGCCUCAGCGGAGAAAAAACCCUCCCCCAAAGAGAGGAGCUCUGCCCCCAAAGAGAAGAGCCCCACCCCCAAGGAAAAAAGCCCCACCCCUAAAGAGGAUCAUUCUCCAGUUCCUAAAGUCCCACCCUUGGCGUCACCUGAAACAGAUGUGGAGACAUCCAUCACUAAGACCCACUAGCUGCAUGGGGUGGGCGGCUCCAGCCCAAGCCGUUCUUCCAGCAUCCUGUCCAAUCAUGACCUGCAAACAUUGAUAAUCAAAAUCAAAAAACUGUGAGGGUGACUCGGUUAUUUUCUGACUCUCACCUUCAAAAUCUUCCACUAUAGUGGAGCCUCUGCAGCAGCUCCUCCUCCUUCUGCUUCCCAGAAGCCACUGCAGAACAUUUUGACUGACAUUUAACUCCUGAAGGAAGAGGAGGAGGAGGGGGGCUGUUAAAAUGCAGAGUCAGCACUUUCCAGUUUCCCAAUCACAGACUGCAUGGGGAAGAAACACAGCAGAGAGGAUGACAGGAGAGAGUGCGCUGAUUAUUAGUGCAUUUGUUCUUCAUUUAAAAUUGUAUAUGGACAUUUAUUGUGAGAGGCCAGUUCAAACAUAACCUAUGAAAGUGCCGGAGAUGAAGGGUGGGGUUUUUAGACAUGUGAAAAAGUCAUCAUUGUUGUAAAUACGCCACAUACCCUAUGCAAACAUCAAGAAGGCUGGACGAGCCGAGUGGGUAUCUAUAGUUAUAACAUCUGUGAGUAUGUGUAACGUCCAGGCAGGAGAAGGACGUCCAUCCUUCCAGGCAACACCUAUCUUGUCUUCUGACACUGCUGCAUUCAGUAAUGUUGUCACUUGCAUCUUUUUUAGAUCAAUCUCUCCUAAACUAACCAUUAUCCUUCCAUCUUUUUUAUGUAAGGAGUGUAAUGAUGGCGCUUUUACAAAGAAGUACAUGUUAUGAUGAAGUUGAGCCUCUGAGCCUGAGAAAAGAAAGAAAAGGCCUGGUGAGUGUAGACACUAGUGACAGUGCCUUAUUGAAGCAGUUGCACCAUCUGCAGAAAACCAACCAACAGAGAAGCGUCUCUGACAGUAAUAAUUAAUAAAAAUAACAAAAAAAGAAGGAAAAUCUGGUAGAUAAACACUGAUUUAACCUAAAAAACAAGUAUAGAAACCUUAAUGCAUCUCAAUACUCAAAUAAGUUUAGCUGAAUUUCAUCUAAAACCCGUGUUUAAAAUUAGACUGGAUAAAAGCAGAGCCAGUAAAUCGAAGGACAAAGCAAAGACGUAAUUUAAUCUUACAUCUGUUUCAGUGGGUGUGGUUGUUGUGGGAGUUAUUGUGCUGAUGAUGGAAGAUGGUCAGGAAGGCGGCUUGAAACGAGGGUCAGCAUCUCCUGUAAAUUACAGCCGAGCUGCUUUUUCUCUCUGCCUGUAAAUUCAACUCUUCCUCGUGUCAUUCACAUCUUUGCUUUGACGGCUGCUCCUGUUGGGCGCCCACAGGCGAGGCAGCUUCCACUGCAGCCGGCUGUGACGGACCUGCUACCACAGAGACGACUCAAGGAUGGUGUUUAUUUUUCCUCUCAACAUGUCUUUUAUUCUUGGAGCAGAUCGUUCUCCAAAAGGGAAAUAGGAAAAUCCAGCUAGUUGUUAGUUUUUAGAAGGUGUUAGCUGAUAGUGAGUUUGUGCCAGUGACUGUGUUGUAUGCAAGACAGAGUUGUUGCUUGUGAAUCUUGCUUGUGUAGACAUCCAGUAUUGUAACAGAAAUCGACCCAAAAGGGUUAAAAACAGAUCCAGUUUCUAUAAAAUCAAACUGUUUUCGGCUGCAGUCUUGAAAUUUAAACCUACUUUAAGCUCCUGGGAUUGCAGUUUUUUUUAUAGCAGCUCUUGUCUUUGGUUAAAAAAAUGAUUUAUUAUGAAAAACACUCAGACAUUUUCAGUUUUAUUCUGAUUUCUCAAAAUCCUCACAAAGCUGCAACAGAAGUUAAAUGACAGAUUAUUAAAAAGUUGCCAGUGUGCUGCAGUAUUGUUUCAGUUUUAGUUCAGAAAACAUACAGAGAAAUAUUAAAUCACAGGUAAAAUGAGCUAAAGCAGGGACAGUUGUUAAAAUAGAAAUGUAACUUGGUAUUUGAAGAUGGUUUGGUGUUGCUAAGAAUCAAGAAUGCAAGUUGUUGUUUGAUGAAUAUGGAUGUUUUAAGGGAAUGGAGGAAGUUUUAGGUUUUUACCGGUGAUAAGAAAGCCGAGCUCUUGUAUUUAUGACUCCUGUGUUUAAACCAUGAAUGCUCAGAUUUGUUUAUUACAUAGCCUCAUGUAUACAGCAACAGUGCUAUGAUUGAAUGCUUAUUUAUGUUCACUUUGUUUGGUCAACACUGUGAUUAUUUGUAUUUCUUUUCUUUUAAUUCACUUCCUUUUUACAUGAUCAGUGUGUCCACAAAUAAACAAUGUUGUCUUUCCAAA